AGGCGACAGUUUGUUUAGUUUGAUGGCGACAGUUUAGUUUCACCAAAAUCGCGAAGUCUCACUUGUUGUGUAGCAAGCUCGUUCCUCCAAUCUCGUUCUUUCCUUUAUCAUAUACAUAACCACGACAGUUGUACACUUUUUUCGCGAAAUACAAACCUGCGCAGAGCUGCUUCUAGAGUGGUCUAUAGUCUAUUUAUUCAGAUAACACGUAGCGACAGAGCGUUCAAGUUAUUGAUUUGAAUGUCGUAAACGAAGGAGAACGAAAUGGAAAUGCGCAGCGAAUCAAUAAUUGAUUCGUAGGAGGAACCAGUGCUGCACACCAGGAGCUGCCCCGACUCCGUGGCGCCGCCGCAACUACCAGUACACCUACAGCAGCAGCAGCAGUCUGGUGAAGAGGAUUCUCGUCCUCAUAGCCUCAACAUAAAGUAACUACUUACGGCUCGUCCGGGCGACGCACCACAAGCACAUUUACCAUCCGACAUGAACAACAUGGAGGGUGGUGGCUCUUCUUCAUCGCACCUGCACUAUGGUGCGGCCAUGGCCCUCGACGUGAAGGAGGAUGUCGUCCCUGAGGGCCACACGGUCGAGCUCCGCGCUGACCACAUGGCCGCGAAGCGGGAGCUUUUUAAUCGGGAGAGGUCCAUGAUCACGGCGGACAUCCAGGGCAGGCGGACACUGCAGCUGCCCACCCGCGAUGAGGCGGUCCGGGCGAAAUUGCGCGACUACGGCGUGCCCAUCACGCUCUUCGGCGAAGGACCGUAUUUUUUCUUUGAUUUUUUGCAAUCCGAGUCGCUCGUCAUGUUGCAGUGUGUGAAGAGCGAUACUUGAUGUCCUCGUAAGUACUGUCUUCUACAACAACUUUCGUCACUGUUUUGUUUCUUGCAUCAAGAUCAUGUGUGAGAAAAAAAAAAUAGAUCUUCGAUUUCACUGCAGGUAUGAGAGGCGCGAGCGUCUGCGCGGCAUAAUGACCGGGAGCCGGGACACCACGGAGUCUGGCAAAGUAGAUGCGGACGGCGGCGCGCCGCAGGACGACGAGCAGCGAGAACUAUUUCUUACCGUCGGCAGCGACCUCUUGAGGGAGCGAAGAAAAGGAAUAGCAAAGUAUGAUAUUAUGAUAAUGAUUUUUACGACCAAAAAAAAAACAAGCCGAGUAAAGGGAAUUCUUUAUCGAGCAUUUUAUUUCUACUCCUAAAGUAUCUUUACAAGGAAAAAUCGCAUCAAAAUGAAAACCCUGUACUCUAGGUUUUCCUUCGCAGCCGCGCAAGCGCGGUUGGAUCAGGAGCGCGAGGACGAAAAGAUUCGCGCCGCGCGGGAAGAGGAGAACGAGAAAUUUUGCCAGCACGUCACGGACACCGUCUCCAUUGAGCUGUCGCAGGUCGGCGACACGCGGCCGCUGACGCAAGGCCGUUUUUCAAAGGACGGAAACGUCUUCGCCACGAGUAGCUGGACCGGCCACAUAAAACUGUGGAACAGCCCGCAGGGCACGCAUUUUCGCACCCUGCACUCCGGCGUGGAGACCCGUGCGCACGGGGUCUGUUUCGCCAAUCUGGACAACAACACCGCGUUGAUGGAUACAGCUGCUGCUGCGUCAACUACAAGCGACAAUUCUGCUGGUCCACCGCAGCGACUGCAUCACUUGGCGGGCGCCAUGGCCAAUGGCUCGGUGUGCGUCUGGCGCAGCGACCAGGAGCUGCCGCUUUGCACACUGAAGGGCCAUAUGCAUUGCAAUUAUGUCUGGGUCUGGGAGGAUGCGAACUUGUCAUGCUAAGUCUGGAUCGUACAAAAAUUUGUGUUGCAUGACUGCCAACAGCUGUCCAGUUUUGAACAAGUUUAGAGGCAGUUUGUCAUGCAGGAUAGGCAUGCUAGGGACGUCGCAGAACCUGUCAUGCUAGGUCCUGCAUUCCAAACCUCAUGCGGCAUGGAAAAUAUGCAUGAGAAGUUUGCAUUCUUCCAGACCCAGACAUUUUUACAUUUGAUAGGCCACGAGGACCGCGUGAACCGGGUCGCCUUCCACCCGUCGGGCGCAAACUUAGUCGCUUCCACCAGUCACGACCAGACCUGGCGGCUUUGGGACGUGGAACGGCAAACAGAGCUGCUUUGUCAGGAGGGCCAUUCCAGUGGUACAGUUUUUUUUGGCAGCAUACUGAGAAGUUUUCUUUGCAACCUUUUCUCGUCUCUGCGCAAAAAUCACAAAAUGUUUGCAUGCUCGUUCACGUUGUAGUUGUUGGUCUAGUUGUCGCGCAAGUGCAUAGAAGUUGAGGGUGUGUUGUAGUUGCAACGAACACCAAAAUGAUGUUGACUUGAUUGCAACAUCAUUUUUCCGAAUCGCACUUCUGCAGGUGUUUACGGACUCGCAAUACAUCCGGAUGGCAGUCUGCUGUGCACCACCGAUCUGGGCGGCAUCUGUCGCGUUUGGGACCUCCGAACAGGGCGCACCGUGCUGCCACUGCAGGUAAGGGCGAGAUCCUGUUUUCUUUUCAUUUCAAUUCACGCUAUUGAAUUACAAUUCAAUUCACAAUCGAGUUUGCAUUUGGUAGUAUCCAAAUUGGAAGUAGUAGAAAUCUCUCAUCGAUGGCUGAUCUCCACUCCUAAUCGGUUUAUUUCAUCACAGGGCCACUACGAGCAAGUCCUCGCUUGCGACUUUAACCAGCGCGGCUUUCUGCUCGCGACAGUACGAAGUGCGAAUUUGAACUGGAUCAUUUCGGGAUCUGGAAAGUUGUAAGACCAUUCGUGGCCUGUUGUAGUUUGUGCCACUACGUUGCUUGUAGUUUCUGACUCUGCAUGAGGGCGACUACUGAAGCUGAAGGAUCCUGGUCGUUGUAUAUGUAAGUACGCUACUACCUAGUGCUAUUCCAGACCCGCGAGCAUAAAGUUCGUUUUUGCACUGGAUACUCGGCGAGUGACGACAACACCGUGCGUUUUUGGGACCUGCGGAAGCGCAAGUGCGCCAACACGCUGCAGGCGCUAUCAACUGUAAAAAUGUCUGGGUCUGGAAGAUUCUGAAACUUGUCAUGUACGUUUUGCAUGAGUCAUGAUGUCUGUGAUCCAUACCCUAGCAAUACAGAUUUUUUGAGGGCUUCUUGAUGCCUAUUACGCAUGACAAAUGCCUUCCCAGCGUAGCAAAAAUGCCAGCACGUGUACAGAUGCGACAGGAGUCUGCUUGCGGACAAAAUAAAACAAGGGGGGAAAGGCAAGAAAGGGCAAAGUGACUGCAUGACGAAAAUAUGGGUAAAACACACGGAAAAGGAAGAGGCCACGACGGUAACAGUAGAGGAAUGGAAAGGGAAAGAAGAGCACAUGGCAACAAUUGAAACGAGGCAGGAUCACCUAAAGACAGAAGUUAGGACAGAAGAACGAAAAUUCGUAGCGUAUUGCAAUAACGCCAUGAGAGCGAUAGAGAUGGUGAAGAAGCAGCAACGCGAAGGGAGUGGAGGUGUGUGCGUGUGCUUGCUGGAUUACGACGAGAUGAAAGAGAAAACGCGGGGGCUCCUGCGGAAAGAACAAGGGAUAGCGCUAGAGCUGCAGGAGGAAAUAGAAAAAGCAGAGGAACAGAUCCCGGGAUUAAUAGUAGCCAGGCGCUGGGGGAAGCAGAACGCGCCCAAAACCCUCGCAAAGAGAGAAGCACAAGGGGGCUAUACAGAAGUGAUACCCUUGAAGGUGGCAAACGUAUCGAAGCACGACGACGAAUAUGCCGAAUGGGUUCAGUACGAUUUCGGGGCAAAAAAUGUGCCGACAAAACCGGUCUGGGAAUGGCCGGAAAUGUCAAAAAUAGAAAGACAAGUGUACAUCUACCGGAAGAUUAUAGGAGAUGAAAAGAAAGAAGGGCAGAAAACGGAGAAGGGAAGCGGUGAAGGCGGGGACGGCAGAAAGAAAGGCAGCGCAGGAGAGAGGAAGGGGAAGGGGGCAGGCAGCAGUGCGAAGGAAAACGCUCGCUGCGGAAAAGGCCCCAAGGGGAACACUGCGCCGAUGGACACGAGCAGGGAGAUAGGCAACGGGUCAUUAGCAGAAACAAUCAGAAAAAUGGUAGAAGGGGAAAAGAUAAGAGCACAAAAAGAAGGAAGUGAAAUGCUGCAGAGGGCGCUGGAUAUAAUAGGAAGAGCCACAGACCUACUAGAAACAGCCGAAGACGUUCCACUAGAAUCCCGCGCGACGCCGAGCAGCAGCACCAGGAGAGACGUGCCGGAAAUAACAGAAGGGCGAAAUGAAUCAAAAAAAGAAGAAAAGGACGAAACAGAGGAAGAUGCGUAUUUCUACCCGGCGCAGGAGUAUCAGGGAAGCCGCCCAGGAUACGUGUACAAACUUGGGCAUUUUGGCAUGGGGUAUUAUAAGGAUCAAGGACCGGAGGAGGCAACGCGGGAGAUGUUUCAAAAAAUUACGAUAGGGGGGCCAGGAGGCAAACUGCCCAAGAGGGAAGUUUCGAAAGAACAGAAAACAGCGAGCAAAGAAGUUGCAGGAGAUGCGACGCGACAUGAGAAGAACACGCAGCAAGUGCGCCAAGUGCCGGAAAAGGAGGACGAAACAGAAGCGACAGCACGAGAAGCAGCAGAACCAGGUGGAGAAGGGGGAUUUGGAGGACUGAAGAAGAAAAUCGCUAAAGAUAUAAGCGAAACAGAGAUGGCAAAACAAAGAAGAUAAAAAGGAAGAAAAAAGAUUCCCAACGCUGGAGGAGCUGAACGAGAGGGACCGGAAGCGGGACCGCGAAGAGGCAGCGGAGCGGGAAGAGGAGCGCAAGCGGCAGGAAGAAUGGAGAUCUAUGAAAAGACUGAAGUAUGGAAAUCCAUUACAAGAUGAGUUAGCCCAGAGGUAUAGGAACAUGCGCUGAGAAAUAAUGAUGAAGGAAAUGUCCAAAAAUGAUGAAAGAAAGAGAACAGAGAACGAAACAUAAGGACGCAUAAUGGGGGCACAGUGUUCUGGGCGUCGGCGGAGGGGAGAGGAAGCAGAGGAAAGAAAAAGAAAGAGAAGAAAGAAAGUGGCUCCCUUGGUCGUCACAGCUAGCCUGCAAGGGCUCCGUUUCCGCCAGCUAAAAGGCACGGCGCUGCUAAUCAUUUCGUCCUCGCCAGCCGGUAGGCACGGCGCUGCUAUCCCGUCGUCGUCAUUGCGUCCCUUUUACUAGUAGGUGGCAACAGGGUUGCUAAGUUAAAGACUGCGCUAAGGCAGCGCCCCCCUUCCCCAAGGGGCCCCCCGGGGCGGGCGCGGUGGCGGCUCUGCUAACGCGGAGCUUCAAAGUCCGAUUCUACCUAUGCGCAUAAAAAGGGUGCGCGGAAGCAGGUCGGUAAAGUGCUUGAAAGGGGCAUGCUUUGGGGUUGCCCGGCAUCGUGAUAGGGUCAACGUGUGUGACCAAUAGACCCCCUGUAUAUCAUAGCGCGCAACCGACCACAAAAGCAGUAGCGUUUUACGUUUGUAAGAAUAACCCCGCAAGGCAACACUGGAGCUCCACCUUGCUCGCGGGCUUGGAUGGUAAAUCAGGUCAGCCACAUCUAACGCCCACAGGCCGUAUACACGCGUAAGAAAUCGGAAACGGUUCAGCGGAUGCGGUCGGGUGGUACCUGUAGGACGUGGAACGGGUGUCCACCUAGGGGUAUUGGCAGAGGCUGAAUCUGUUCUAACGCCACGGCUUUGGCAGAGGCUAAAUCUGUUCUAACGCCACCCUGACAGGAGUCAAAUGUCAAAGCGAUACGAUACGAGCGUAGCAAAAAUGGCACUUCCUUUGGUACUCAUGCAAUAUAUACAGAUUUUUUUGGAAUCCAAACGCAGCAUCACAAGUUGCAUUCUUCCAGACCCAGACAUUUUUGCAUUUGAUAGGCGCACAGCAAGUGCAUCUCCGAGGUCCAGUUCGACGACACGGGGCGGUACUUUCUCACCUCCAGCUACGACAAGACGGUCAAGCUGUGGAACGUGGACGACCGGCACUGCGUGAAGGUCCUGGUUGGCCACGAGGCCCGCGUGAUGGGCGCGGCAAUCUGUCCCGCGGUCGGACAGAAUUUGAGCAGCAAGGGCCGGGCCUUGUCCGCGCUCGUCGCCUCCGUGGCCUUUGACCGGACGUUCAAGUUUUGGGCGACCAACGGAGGAUACAUCGAGGACGGGAUGGACGUGGAUUGAGGAAAGAAGUAGACACGGAACUGCAAGCACUUUAGUAUUUGCAGUCCUGUUGUCUGUUUGAAUGGGAUGAAAAUUGACAUACAUGAAGCUCCUCAUACCGCAUGCUCCUCCAUCCGGAGCGGAACAAGAAAAGGAGCGCGCCCGCCCUGUGACUUCUUACCUCGUUUUCCACUAGACGCACAGAAGUAGAGAACGCAAGUAAAAACGAACGCGGUACGGGAAACCAGUCUGGAGGCUGGAACACCGUAUAGAGAGAACCGAAUAUUAAGCGACACUAAUAUUACUUUCGCCAUUUUUUCCAUCACAGUUGUAAGACGACAACUUGGUGGUGGUGACCGAU